AGGGCAGUGGCUAGUGUGAGGGAAAUCAUUAGCAAUGCAAAGUCAUGGUGCUCUGAUACUCUUGUUCACAGUCAAAGACUGGAAAAAAAAAAACAUCUGACCUGGUGAUGCCAACUUAAAUGUUUCUGGAUGCACUUUAUUUAAAAGCAGAGCUAAGACCCGGAACCAAAGAUGAACUGGGCAUCAUUUUAUGCUGUCAUUAGCGGUGUGAACCGCCACUCCACCGGCAUCGGUCGCAUCUGGCUCUCCGUGCUCUUCAUUUUCCGCAUCCUGGUCCUCGUGGUUGCAGCCGAGAGCGUGUGGGGCGACGAGAAGUCUGGCUUCACCUGCAACACACAGCAGCCGGGUUGCAACAGCGUCUGCUACGACCACUUCUUCCCCAUCUCCCACAUUCGACUCUGGGCACUCCAGCUCAUCCUGGUCUCCACUCCUGCCCUGCUGGUAGCCAUGCAUGUUGCCCAUCGGCGUCAUGUCGACAAGAGGCUCUACAAACUGUCGGGCCGGUCCAACCCCAAAGACCUGGAACAGAUAAAAACCCAGAAGAUGAAAAUCACGGGGGCCCUGUGGUGGACAUACGUCAUCAGCCUUUUGUUCCGUAUCAUCUUUGAGGUCACUUUUAUGUAUGUGUUUUAUAUGAUCUACCCUGGUUACAAGAUGAUCCGGCUGGUGAAGUGCGACUCGUACCCUUGUCCCAACACGGUGGACUGCUUUGUGUCGAGACCCACAGAGAAGACUGUCUUCACCGUGUUCAUGUUGGCUGUGUCAGGUGUUUGUAUUCUACUCAACAUUGCCGAGGUGGUCUUCUUGUUGGGGAAGGCUUGCAGCAAGCAUUUGCACAAUGCUGGAGACUCGACUAUGGGGGCUUGGAUUCAACAAAAGCUUUCCUCAUUCUAACAAAAUGCACAGCAGCACAAAUGGGACGUAUAAGAGACCGUUCAGGUAACAACUACUGAUUUAACUUGUGAGGUUUAUAUCACGGCGUUGAUUCACCGAUUCAAAUGCAGAAAGCUUGCAGUUCAUGUUUCGGCAAACAUUUCUAGUUAUAAUGGACAGCUUGGUGUUUGUCUGACUGCAAAUCAGUUAAACAACACUUAAUAAACCAAUAUUCCAACUGACCACAUUACAGCCUCCAGCUAUCAUGGAUUUGUUUUAAUCUUUCAUCUUGAAAUGAAACUAUAAAAGCUGCCCAAAGCCAUAGCAAAACUUCCAGUUGGUUGAGAAAAGUAUAUUGUGGGCAUGGUCAUUAAUAAUAUUUUGUUAUUUAUGUGACACAUAAUCAACAACAUUGAUAUAUGAGUGAAGUUAUACUAAUACAUGCAUGUAGUAAACAUGUUGCACUUCAUAUGUAUUGAAUGGGGCAGUCAGAUUAUUUAAUUUGGUGGUUCAAUACUUUCACAUGGAAAGACAGUAAUAGAAAAAAACUUGAAUUGCAUUUUUUUGUGACGCUUUUUUAACAUGGUGAUAUUUCUAUUUAAAUGUAUCAUUGAGAAAGUGGAUGUUUCUAUAUUGUCCAUAAACAACAGAAUAAAAUCAACCAGAC